GCCCCUGUAUAUGGUGUAACCCCCACUAGAGCCCUGCUUAACGCAGGGCAGACCGGCUCCGACUCGAAACCAUGGAUCGGUCUCGUAGAAAGGCCUCUCGAAGCCUUUCUACAAAAAAACGGGGCUUUUGGAGCACGGUCAUGGUGGCCACCUUCAUGCUUCGUAGGGCCAGAAAGUCGAAUGGUGCUCGCAUGGAGGCUAGCAUUUGGAAAAGCCUCGUUAGCGCCAUGCUGCCCGGGCACCAUAACCUUCAGCACAAUCUUGAGGCACCUAAGACCGGCAUUGAGCCCGAGCCCAUGCCUGAUAAAAAACUAGAGCAUGAGCCAAAGGUUGAGUGCGAGCCGGAGCCAUUUCACGAUGUGCAAGCCCCACCAAGGGCUUGCAAAGAAAAGGAGUAUGACAGUGAUGGCGGGAUGAGUUGCUACGCAUCUGUGGAGAACUUGGUAGAACUCGACAAGAAUGGAGGUGAGGGCAAAGAGGGCUCUGAGGAAAUCAGGGAGGAGUCUUUCGAUUCCAUCGACGAGAAGGCGGAGGAGUUCAUUGCACAGUUCUACGAGCAAAUGAAGCUCCAGCGUCUUGACUCCAUGAACCGCUACUUCCAGAUGAUUCAGAGGAGUAUCGGUUGAUCGUAGCUUGAUUAUUGUUUAGUGUUUGGAUGUUUUUAUUUCACCAAGUUUAGAGAUCAUGAAGAGGACAAUAAGAGGAGAACUGGCCUCACCAUUUGGCUCUCUCUCUCUCUAAACCUUUCUCUCUCUAGGAAAUAUGGUUUUCUUGAUUGUUGUAUAACCUUUAUAUUCUCUAUUUGAGGGGUGGUGGUCCUUUUCAUUUUUUAUUUAUUUUUCAUUCAUUUUCUAGAUACAUAUAUUUAGCCUUUAUCCUUCAUUCAAUGAUUAAUAGCUAUUUUUCAGUUUAUGUUGGACAAGAAAUAGCACCAAGAGUUGUAAGAAGAUUCCAAGAAAUCCAUGGAACUCCAAGUCUCAUGCAAAUUUUGGUGUAAGGAAAAGGAAUUUGUGGCCUAUUCUAUGUUUUAUAUUUGUGUUUUAUUUAAGUGUAAGGAAAAGGAAUUUGUAGCCUAAUCAAUGCUUUACAAUGUGAUCUAUUAUUUCAGAUU